AGAUCAUAAUUCUCACAAGUCGCAAGAGUAGUACAGUGUGUAGAGAUGAACGCCUACUAGUUUGGUGUUGUCCUGCGAGUCCCUCGUGCUCCUCACUUCUUCCUCCUCCCUCGAUCUUGUCCUAUAUAUUACUGUCGUGCCACCAUCUUUCUUCCUCCUUACUUUCACUCUCUUUCUCUCUCCUCUGUGCUCGCUUCCAAAUUCCAAUUGCUUGAUCUUGUUAUUUGUCGACUUAAAUUAUGUCUCCGGUACCAAAUUCUGAAUCAAUCAAACCAAACGAUGUAUGCAUUGUUGGUGUUGCGCGUACACCCAUGGGUGGCUUCCUUGGUACACUUUCUUCCUUGCCGGCCACGAAGCUUGGGUCUGUGGCUAUUGAAGGUGCAUUGAAGAGGGCAAAUAUUGAUCCAUCCCUUGUACAAGAAGUGAUUUUUGGAAAUGUUCUGAGUGCAAACUUGGGUCAGGCCCCUGCAAGGCAAGCAGCAUUAGGAGCAGGAAUACCAAAUACAGUUGUAUGUACCACGGUCAAUAAAGUUUGUGCAUCAGGAACAAAAGCUGUAAUCCUCGCAGCACAAAGUAUCCAAUUGGGUGUCAAUGAUGUUGUUGUGGCGGGAGGCAUGGAAAGCAUGUCGAAUGCCCCUAAAUACAUUGCUGACUCCAGGAAGGGUUCCCGUCUUGGACAUGACACAAUUGUUGACGGGAUGUUGAAGGAUGGUCUUUGGGAUGUUUACAAUGAUUGUGGCAUGGGAGUUUGUGCUGAAUCAUGUGCAGAACAUCAUGCAGUAACAAGAGAGGAUCAGGAUAACUAUGCUUGCCAAAGCUUUGAGCGUGGAAUUGCUGCUCAGGAGGCUGGCGCUUUUUCAUGGGAGAUAGUUCCUGUUGAAGUACCUGGAGGAAGAGGAAAACCAACAAUAGUUGUUGAUAAAGAUGAAGGUCCUACUAAGUAUGACCCUGCCAAAUUAAGAAAACUUAGACCAAGUUUCAAAGUGGAUGGAGGCACUGUUACUGCUGGAAAUGCUUCUAGCAUAAGUGAUGGUGCUGCUGCACUUGUUUUAGUGAGUGGGAAGAAGGCACUAGAGCUUGGGCUGGAGGUCAUUGCAAAGAUCAGUGGAUAUGGUGAUGCUGCUCAGGCUCCAGAGAACUUUACAACAGCUCCUGCUCUCGCGAUACCAAAGGCCAUUUCCCAUGCAGGCUUGAAUGCUUCUCAGAUUGAUUAUUAUGAGAUAAACGAAGCUUUCGCUGUUGUUUCUGUUGCAAACAUGAAAUUGCUUGGACUUUCUGAGGAAAAAGUAAAUGUGCAUGGUGGAGCAGUGUCCUUGGGACACCCUCUUGGGUGCAGUGGAGCGCGAAUCAUCGUGACUCUUUUGGGGGUAUUACGACAGAAAAAUGGGAAAUAUGGCGUUGCUGGUGUUUGUAACGGUGGAGGAGGCGCAUCUGCUCUUGUUGUAGAACUUCUGUAAGCCUUAUUAUUUCAAGGCUUGUUGAGGACUUGGCUCAUCACAAUGUUGGAGGAGCACUUUGAAAUAACUUAUCAAUUAUUUUUUGCACCAAAUAAUGCAGGCACUUUUAAAUUACUAGUGGUACAAAUGUUGUUGUGUUUAGGUGAUUUACUGGGUUUUUUCUUUGCGUUUGGAGGUUUAAACUUUAGAGUUAGAUGGUAUGAUGUAGACUAUAUUGGAAGUGGAGAAGUUGUAUUCUUUGUGCCAUAUCUUCGACAUUCUGUUUUAUGCUUCA